AUGUUGCAUGGGAAAUCUGUUCCUUGCGUAGAAGACUUAGUCGAGAGAAUUAUGGAGCUAUAUGGAGGUUACAAAUCCUAUUUGGUGCGGCCCCAGCUAUUUGGGGUGUCUUGGCCAAUCAAAUGGGUUCGCCCGCCUCUGCAUACCUUUAUGCUUAACUGUGAUGGUGCCUUGGACCGUGAAGGAGAAAGGAGAGGUUUGGGGGGGUGUUGUAGAGAUAAUGCAGGGAGAUUUAUAUGUGGAUUUGCUACUUUCAGUCCACCUGUGCUGAAUGUAUUAGGCACUGAGUUGGUGGCAUUGAGGGAAGGGUUAUUGAUGAUGGGAUUUAAAGGCUAUACUCAGUUUUUGCUUGCAACUGACUCCAAAGAAGCAGUGGCGAUGCUCAAGGGAGCUUUGGAGUGGCGGAGUAAUUUGGGUAAUGUGGUGGAGGAUAUUUGA